CGAUGUUUGAGUCUUGUCCUUUAACGUUGUCUCUUCUCUUUGUCUCAUAGUGGGUUGCGCAGACGGUAUAUACUUCUCUACACUGUGACUUUCGCUUCGUGUAGCGUGCUUCAUAGUCACCGAACAUGGGGCUUCAAGGGCUCGUUUUAAUGUAUACAACUAUGUUGGUAGUUCUUGGAGAAGUAAGCGGUACUAGUUUGUCUACAUCUCUACUACCCCUUAUUUCCCGACCCACUGCUGCUCUAGGUAACCCAGAAAAACUAGCUCUAAACUGUUCACAUGUACAUCAGUCAGUUGUGAAGAUGAAUUUACGAUCAUCUUAUUUCACAUCGGACAAAUCGACUCAAGGUGACGAAUUCAAUAUUUGUGACGCAGGAAGAACCUGCUGUACUCAAGAGACAGAAAGAAGCUUUGUAAAAGCUGCUAGCGAGGAUUUUCGUUCUAUGAUUCAGAUGAGUGGUUCAUUACUGACGGAUUUACUUACGACAACUUCUGCUCGUCUAGAAGGAACCUUCCUCAAGAUGGUCAAGUGGGCAGAAAACAAUACCAAGGCGCUCUUUGCCCAAAUAUAUCACAACAUAGAGCCUGAGGCACAAGUUGCUGGGACUGAACUCUAUUCUAAUUUAGCAGAUUUCCUCAGAGGACGAGAUCUUGAUAUUGAAGCUCAGGUGGCUGAGUUUUUCACUUCUCUUUUUCCUUAUGUUUACCGUCAUGGUAUUAACCCUAAUCUUGAAUUUUCCGAAGAGAAGUUCGUCACUUGUUUACGACAAGUUCAGUCGAAUAUAAAACCUUUUGGUGAGAUACCGAAAAACCUUGCCUUUCAGCUUUCCAGAUCGUUUCAAGAUGCUAGGACGCUGUUGCAAGCUUUAAUCCUUGGCUUAGAAGUCAUCAAUACCACUGACCACAAGGAGUUUGGGAUGGAAUGUACUAAAGCCUUGGUUAAAGUUGACUUACUGUGCUCAUUGCCAAGGACUGAAGUCAUGGAAACCAUGCAGUGGCUAUUGUUUGAACGUAGCUCGUGGGUGCCUUGCACACGUUGCUGAGCUAGACCACCCUUGGAAUGAUUUUGUAACCGGCCUGGAACUUCUAAUUUCUGGAAUGAUAGAUGACCACAACAUUGAGAAGGUGCUCAGUAUGAUGGACACCAAAAUAACUGAAAGUCUAAUGUACGCAAUGGAACAUGGUCCGGAACUCACUGCACGGGUCCAGACACAUUGUGGUCAUCACCGACGUUCAGAAAAGCCAACGCAUUCUUCUAUAGCUGUCUCGAACCAAACCAACGUCAUUAGCCAAGCAACUUCUAUAAAAUUUGAACCUAAACUGAAUCAGAGACUUCAAGUCUUCCUACAAAAACUGGCAGACUUUAAAGGUUACUAUGGUAACCUAGCUGAUUCAGUGUGUAAUGAUCGUUCAUGGGCCUCUCAGGAUGAAGUGCUUUGUUGGAAUGGUUAUAAACUUGGAGAGUACAAAAAGACCAUAGCAGGCAUGGGUGUAGGAGCUCAGAAAUAUAACCCUGAAAUUACCUUGACAGAAAGCCACGAUUCUAUGACAGUUACCUUGGUGGAUAAACUGAUGCGUAUGAGAGAGCUGUUGGACCGACAGAUAACUAGAAUUCCGAAAUCCGAAUCUCAAAUUGUUUGGAACGAAGCGGGAAGUGGUGAAAGGAGGCGAAUCUGGGAAGAAAGUAGCGUCCAUGAUGAUGAAGAUUAUUAUUACUUUGGGUCUGGUAAUGGCCGCCUUUUUGGUACGUUUUUUAAAAAUUACGAACACUUUAUUUCUUCAGGGAGCGGGGACAACGAUCCCUUAUACUCCGGCCAGUCACCAGGUCCUACCACAGGAGACGCAAACAGUGAAACAUCAAGGACAGACACAGAUAUUCAAUUCGACAACGAGGAAAAAACGCCACCUCACGGAGACCCAAAAGAUAAGAAAGACAAUGCGGCUGAUGGAGUGCACAUUAACGCUGCCUUAUUACCACUUGUGAUUUUAACAGUGGUAAUUCAUUACCUUGGCCAACUUCUGUGACCUGGCGGGAAUAAGAAACAAACACAAAACAGUGCUGAUUAUAUCUGUACAGUCUUUUUUUCUUGUUAAUUACUUUUAUGUCAGAAUAACCAACUUUUAGCACUUUUUUUGUACGCUAAGUGAAAAUGUGGACUUUCAACAGUGGUUUACGCCUUAGCUGUGUAAAGUCACGAGUAACUAUGAGACAUGACCUGUGACAUCGUUUGAAACUGCGUGGUUUCAUCGUUUUGGAUCACGGAUAAUACAGAAUUAGAAAGUAGUGAAAAAAAUAAACUCGUCGCAUCAAGUGAACUCAAGCCUUUCCAAGCAAUUUUUGAGCAUAUUUGUUAACUUAAUACGAGGAAAAAGAACCUCGUAGGGCUGAUAAUAGAAACUUCUUGUCACCGUGGUAACGAUGUUCAACUAUCUUCUCGGACCUUACCCUGUGGACGAGUGGUUUGUCAGUAGCUUUUGUACUGGUAGUUUGGACCUUAUUGCUUAAUAUAAUGGUUACAAAUGUAGGAAAGACAAUUCAAAAUGUACACAAUAGCGUUAAACACAUGUAUGAGAUAAGAGGCUUGAUUAUGUCAUGACAUGCUUUGUACAAGUAACCUUUCACGUUGUGUUUUUUAAACGUUUAAUUUCAAUAACGCAGUUUUCUAGUUUGCAUUCGCAGUGAUUUUAGAACUGUUGUUCUUAAUAAUGUCUAGACGAUACCAAAGGUCUAUCUUAACGAUGCUAAUAGUAUAAGGAUGUUACCAUUGUACGUUGCACCAUCAUGUAGUUACUUGCGUAAUGAUGUAAUCACCAUAGCUACCAAACUUGAUCCGUAUCAGUGACUGCAUGUUUAAGUAUUAGCUUUACGUUAAUGUGUCAUUGUGAUAUGAAUUAAAUACUAUUUCAGUAACAUUUAACUCUCUACACAUUAAUGACUUUUUUUUUACCAUACAUUACGGAUAUUUUUGCCGUUAUGAGGUAAGAUCAUAGUUUGUCUAUUAUACAAAAUCUUGUCGUCGUUCAACGACUUUUGAUCUCCCAUGCUGUAUUUAAGAAAAGAAAGAACUUUAUAAAUUAAUUAACAAGUAAUCCAAGCGCAGGAUAACUGAGUCAAAAUAAAUUUUUAGUAACACUGGUUGGUUUUGAAGCCUUUUGUAUGCUUUUCUGGUAAAAUUAUAUAAUAAGUGCACAAGUGAAUCAGGUAUAAAGGUCGAAAAUGUUACGACAUAUUACGAGUUUUGUUUUUGUGAUACUUUAAGAUUAACCGGAAAAAAAAACAGACACAGUUAUAUCAUAAGACAAAAAAAAGACAAAAAUAGAAUCAGGAGUGUAUUUUGAACACAGGCAAAUAAUAAACAGAGCUCCAAAGUAGAAGUAACUGUUAUUAUCAGAACUUUUGAAAUAAGUUUUCUAACGCAGUAUAAAAUUUUUUUUUGUGUGUGUAAAAAUACACAAAAGGUAUUAAACAUGUUUAAACCAUUA